CUCGACACGACCAAAACUUCGACUCCGAUUCAUCUCACGUAGCCUUCCACAGAAGACCUCGGUAUGAAGACAUGGCGUAUUCUUAGUCAACGUACCUCGAGGACGAACAUCUCAGUGCGCCAGUUAUCAACAGUGCGCAAACCAGCAAACAUCGCAUCUUUACUCAGAACCUCUGCCGAGAACACAGAAGAGUCGUCACCAGAAAUUGAAGUCAAUGGAUAUGUACGGACCAUCAGAAAGCAGAAGCGCAUAGCUUUCGCCGCAGUUGGUGAUGGUUCGUCUUUGCAACCCGUUCAAGCUGUCUUGACGCCGGAUCAAGCUUUGGCUCUGUCUACCGGAGAUUCGAUCAGACUUCGCGGUAAAUGGCAGAAGUGUCCUCCAGGCAAAGCUCAAACACAUGAACUGCAAGUAUCCGAGGCCACCAAGCUCGGCUACAAUGAUGCAACAACGAACCCAAUUCAAAAGAAGUACCAAAGUCCGGAAUUUCUGAGGACACUUCCACAUUUACGAUCCCGACUCCCGUUCAACGCACUUGUACUUCAUCUUAGAUCUCAAGUCAUUGGCAGCAUCACAAACUUUUUCAACAAGGAAGGCUUUGUGCAGACACAUCCGCCUAUCAUCACCUCUUCGGACUGCGAAGGUGCAGGAGAGGUCUUCACUGUAUCUUCCAAUGCUUCCAAGGACGGCACACAAAAAUCUGAUGAUGGCGAAGUGGAGCACUUCUUCAGAUCACCGAAAUACCUAACAGUUUCAUCACAAUUACAUCUCGAAGCACUGGCACAAUCUGUCGGAAACGUCUGGACGCUGUCGCCAACAUUCAGAGCAGAGAAGAGUGAUACGCCCCGCCAUCUCAGCGAAUUCUACAUGCUCGAGGGUGAGAUGUGUUUCGUGGAUGACGCCAAUCAGGUCAUGGAUAUGAUUGAGAAUAUGCUCUCAACCAUGGCGAGCGAUUUGCAAGGAUCUCACAUCGUACAACAGAUUGUACAAGCAAAAUCGACUCAAACUUCUGAGGAAGCUGCUGAAGAAGGCGCAGUCACCGCAGAGGAGCUCUCUCGCCGUUGGCAAGGUAUGGCUAAGCCUGACUGGCCUAGAGUAAAAUACGCAAACGCAAUAGAGACACUCGAAGAGGCAAUCAAGCAAGGCACAGUCUUCCAAUUUACGCCUUCAUGGGAAGAAGGUCUGCAAGCCGAGCACGAGAAGUUCCUUGCCGAACACUUUGGCAAAGGUCAGCCUGUCUUCAUCACCGACUAUCCCAUCGAGCAGAAGCCUUUCUACAUGUCAAAGACUCCCGGCAGUGAUCGCACAGUAGCCUGCUUUGAUCUUUUGGUACCCGACCUCUGCGAACUGAUCGGCGGCUCAAUGCGCGAACACGACUUGAGUGGCAUUCAGAAAGUCAUGCAAGAACGCGGUAUGCUGCGCGAGUUGACACCAGAGCAACGAGCGGCCGGCGAGAGUGAGAUUGCAGACCACAAGCUCUAUGACGGCAAACAUGCAGGUACACUUGACUGGUAUCUCGAUCUUAGACGCUAUGGGAGUGUGCCUCAUGGAGGCUUUGGAUUGGGCUUUGACAGACUAUUAUGCUACUUGGCUGGAGUGGGUAGUAUCAGGGACGUGGUUGCUUUCCCACGCUGGUACGGACGCUGCGAUUGCUAGGCUUCAGGCUUCAGUUAUCAAGUGGUCUACACAAUAUCGAUUCUGUAAAUUAGUACAUCUAGACUUUCCACAGGAUAGGACGGUUUCCGAUGAGGCCGCGUGAAUGACAAUACACUGUGAGAGGGGUGAAUAGAUGUGAUCCCCUUGCGCCAGCGGUGAAAUGGCGACGGAUAGCUUGCCCCUAAACAGCGAGCGAGCAAAGCGACACCGGAGAGCUCGCUUCGCUUGCGGCUUCCCGUCAGCUUUAAGUUAUCUGAUUGACAAUUUCGACCGCUCAAUCUAUAUUGGCGCGGCAUGCAUGAUCUUCCAUGCUGGUACUUUGUUUGGAAUGGUGCGC